CUGGCGAGGUGGGAACACCAACUACGGAAAGAGCAAAUCUCGUGAAGACAUUAAAAGACAAGGAAAAGCGUCCACGGAUUUAUAUUUCACACUUUUAGACGGCGGUCCAGAUGCGUUCCUCUUUAUUCAGGAUUAACAGAGCUGAACAAGAUGAUGUCUGAUGCCAGUGACAUGUUGGCAGCAGCCUUGGAGCAAAUGGAUGGUAUUAUAGCAGGCUCCAAAGCUCUGGACUACUCCAAUGGCAUCUUUGAUUGUCAGUCCCCAACAUCGCCCUUCAUGGGCAGCUUGCGAGCCCUCAACUUACUGGAGGACCUCAGGGGCAUUCUGGAGCUCAUGGACACUGAGGAAAGAGAGAGCUUGCGUUGUCAGAUCCCAGACUCUACUGCAGACAGUCUGGUGGAGUGGCUGCAUGGUCACCUGUCAAAUGGACACAUUUCAAUCACCGGUGAUGUUUACCAGGAUAGACUUAAUCGUCUUGAAAGUGAUAAAGAGUCCCUUGUGCUUCAGGUGAGUGUUUUGACGGAUCAAGUGGAGGCACAGGGUGAAAAGAUAAGGGACCUAGACCUGUGCCUUGAUGAACACCAUGAGAAACUAAAUGCAACUGAAGAAAUGUUGCAGCAGGAACUCUUGUGCAGAUCAGCCCUUGAGACUCAGAAGCUGGAGCUUAUGGCAGAGGUUUCCAACUCGAAGCUGAAGUUAACAGCCAUGGAGAAAGAGAGACUCGAUUUUGACGACAGAUUUGGAGAUAGUGAGGGUUUGAUUUUGGAGAUUGAUGAACUGAGAUAUCGCAUUUCUGAGCUGGAGAAUGAACGGUUACAGUAUGAAAAGAAAUUGAAAUCCACUAAGGAGGAGCUGGUUACGUUGAGAAGGCAGCUGGAUGGCAGAGAUGGUGAUCUGAGGAGGCUGCAGGAUGAGACGGGGUCCAGAUCCCCAACACCUGCAGGCCUAGACAGCACAGAGAGAGUUUUCCAUACUGAGGAAACAUUAAAAAAGAGGCUCAAAGAGAAACAUAUGGAAGUACAGAAGAUGAAGAAAGCAAUGGAGUCUUUGAUGGCUGCGAAUGAGGAGAAGGAUUGCAAGAUUGAAGAGUUGCGACAGUCACUCAUGCGUUACAAGAAAGUACAAGAGAUGGUCAUGUCAGCACAAGGGAGAAAAGAUAAAUUCAAAGACGGAGACAGUGAUGGGAGCAAUAGCGACAGCUCCCUCUCCAUGUCCACCGCCCUCUCUGUUUCCAUGGACACGGAGAAGUCUCUGCUCUCUUACACAGAGGAAGUUGCUGUGAGGGGUCAAAAUGAGGCGACUACAUUUGUCAGUACCCUCCAAGUGCCAUCGCUCACAGUACAUAUAACAUCCCCAGAUAAAGCAGACAACCAUUCAGGCCUGGAACACAUGCAGUCAUCAAGUGAGAAAGGGUGUCAGGAGCCAACUCAAUCACUGGAGACCCCAUUAGAUGAGAGUCCCGAAACUUCAGAGGUCACAAAAUCAGCGAACCAGGGCAACCUUGAUGGAAGAGCCAGUGAAAAGAGCAAAGAAUUUGAUGAGUUCAACAAGAUCACAACUCUACCACCCAGAUCUCCAAGCUCUUCUCGUACUGCUGAGGAUGACAGCUUCGGCACCAGGAAAAUGAGAUCUUCUUUUGGACGGGGAUUCUUCAAGAUCAAGGGAGGGAAGAGGACUGCUAGUGCCCCUAAUUUGGCUGAGACCGAGAGGGACGGCACUGACCAUCUGGAUCUGGCAGGCAUGCCACAGAGGUCAGCUGACAGUGACAGCACACACACUCUCCCCAUUUCUCCGGAGGGCAAGAAAAAGUCAAAAGGAAUCAAAGCUCUAUUUGGAAAGCUCAAAAGAAGUCAAUCAACCACAUUCAACCUGGAUGAUAACUUAUCAGAGAGUGAGUUUAAACGGGGUGGAGUCAGAGCCACAGCUGGGCCCAGGCUGGGUUGGUCACGUGACCUGCAGAACACCAACAGUGAGCUGGAUGCACCGUUUGCACGCUGGUCCCGGGAGCAGGUGUGUGAUUGGAUGCAGGAGCAGGGACUGGGGUUGUACGUGAGUUGGGCAAGGCAGUGGGUCGCCUCAGGCCAGACGCUUCUGCAGGCAUCCCAGCAGGAUCUGGAAAGAGAGCUGGGAAUAAAACACCCUCUACACAGGAAGAAACUGCAGCUGGCCCUGCAGGCAUUGGGCUCAGAGGAAGAUGAUAACAAAGGCAAACUAGACUACCACUGGGUGACAAGGUGGCUUGAUGAUAUUGGCCUCCCGCAGUACAAGACUCAGUUUGACGAGGGACGUGUGGAUGGACGGAUGCUUCACUAUAUGACUGUGGAUGACCUAUUAUCUCUGAAAGUGGGCAGUGUUCUUCAUCACCUCAGUAUUAAGAGAGCCAUCCAGGUGCUCCGGCUCAACAACUAUGACCCCAACUGUCUGCGGCGAAGACCUUCAGAUGAGAACAACAUAAGUCCUGCUGAGAUCUCUCAAUGGACCAACCACCGUGUGAUGGAGUGGCUGCGGUCUGCUGACCUGGCGGAAUACGCACCCAACUUGAGGGGCAGUGGAGUACAUGGAGGACUGAUGGUGCUGGAACCUCGCUUCAAUGUGGAGACAAUGGCUCUGCUGCUGAAUAUUCCCCCCAACAAGACUCUGCUGCGGAGGCAUCUGGCUACUCACUUGAACCUGCUGGUGGGUUCUGAGGCCCAGCAACUCAAACAGGAGUGUCUAGAGAACCCAGACUACACCUUACUCACCGCCACGGCUAAAGUCAAGCCGCACAAGCUGGCGUUUGGAGGGUUUGGUAGGAAGAAGAAGCAAGAGGACAACGAAGAGUAUGUCUGUCCCAUGGAUGUGGAGAUGCCCAAAGGACGCAGCUUCCAGAAAGGCUACAGAGGCAUGGAGCUCCAGAGCUAUGAUGAUGACCUAGAUCGAUUCGACCAGAUGGAGGACUCUGAAGGGACAGUAAGGCAGAUUGGCGUUUUCUCAGAGGGCAUCAACAACUUAACGAGUAUGCUGAAGGAGGAUGAGUUCUUCAAGGGGAUCUCCACGUCGUUCCCCAAUGCCAGUGUGAAGGAUGAUGACUCCAAUGUGUGAGGGUUCUGCAGGGACACUCUCGCCCCUUGUGCUGCUGCUUUAAUAUGAAGUGACUGUGCCAAUCCCUCUGCCAACACCUCCACACACGCACCUCCAU